GUCAAGUGGUGUUAGCCCUUAGCAUCAUAAGCGAGCAUCAGUUCCAUCGGUGCCAUAUUCUUCUUCCGCUGGCCAUCACCGAAGGGGUGCCUCAAACCGAAGGGGAUUUGCCGAUGACGCAUCGCCCUUGACAGCUUUCAUCGCGAUAUUAGCACAAUUCCGCUCGGCGCCCAAGGCUCAGUAUCAACCUUGAUAAGGUUCGGUUUGAUAGCCAAAUCGUGCCCCAAAUUAGCAUUAAUAUCAUGCCCGGGAAAGAACCCAAACACCGCGGUUAAUAGUCCGUCGGGCCUCAGGCGAAGACAGAACGUACCAAAAAAUCCUCCAAAAAAACAUGAAUCCAGUGACGGAUUCAAGAAACCCGGCAAAGGUGGUUCCGGCGCCCCGGGGUCCGGGGCCGACCGACAAGACCGCCACCUGUCAGCGGGCGUGGAUCGAAAAUGACAAGUGUCGACAGCCGGAAUCGGAACGGGAACCGUUCCUGCUGGCCUCCGCCACCGAAGACGGCGGCGACGGCCAGUCCGGUCUGGAGUGCGAACGAUUGCUUGCAAAAACUGCGGACCGCGUCUUCUCCAUCGACCUGGAACGAGGCGGCGGGCAGCCGAAGAAGUGUGAUAAAGCCGGCGCCGGUGAGCUCACACCCGGCGCAGAGUCAACGGACAGCUCAACAGGCAGCUCCGGCACCGGAACCACGUCGAGCAGGAGCAGUAACACCGAGGACGCGCAACCCGACGCCAAACUGGUCUGUGACAAGCUGCGAAAGGUGAACCGACGGAAGCGGAAACCGAAGAGUCGCGUGCCGACGGCCGCCAAGCUGCUCCAGUUGUGUCAGUGCUGUCCUUGGGCCGCCCCGUGGAGUCUGCUGAUUGUCAGCGCCCUGCAGAUUAUCGUCUUCACCUUCAAGAAUGACGCCAUCUAUCGCACGCUGAUCUUCUCGCCGCUCAAACAGUACGAGAUCUGGCGCUUCGUGACGUACACAUUCCUGCAUGCCGGCAGUGUCCAUUUGGUGCUCAACAUUAUCAUACAGCUCCUGGUGGCGUUCCCGCUGGAAACGGAACAGGGCCACGGGCCGGUGCUUCUGGUGUACUUUGCCGGUGUGCUGGCCGGUGGAUUCGGUGCUUCCGUGUUCGAGCCGACCCUGAUGGUCGGUGCAUCGGCCGGUGUUUAUUGCCUGCUGAUGAGCCACAUCCCACAUAUCACUAUGAACUUCCGAGCCCUUUCGUAUCGGUACUACCGGCUGCUUGCGGUGCUGGUGCUGUGCGUCAGCGACGUCCUGUACUCGAUUCGACACUGCCUUACCAAAGGAAACCUCCAGCCACGGAUUGGCGUGGCGGCGCACGUGAGUGGCGCCAUCUGUGGUCUGCUGAUCGGGUUCGCCAUCUACCGGCCGAAGGAGACGCCCGAUUCGGACCGCACGAUCGCUGUCUUCCGAUCGCUACGUUACCUGGCCAUUGCACUAGCCACCGGCUGGCUAGUGUUGACGGUGCUGUACAAUCUCGACCGAACCAAUGUGAUGGAACUCCUCUAGC